GGGUCAACACUUUUAUUAGGUUCCAAGAGAAAACAAGAAAUUAGCUUAAAGACAUUUUGCUAUAACAAUUCCAAUUCUUGGUAACGUAAAAUGUCACGCACCAUGGAGUGGGCGGCGAGGCCGGAGCACUUGGGAGGCAUUCCCAGAAAACUUGUCAUUGCGAUGGUGGGCACCUUUGCCAAAACGGUGUCGUCUUUUCUCAACACCACCUCCGUUCACAACGCCGACACCCUCCUCCGCCUCGUCCGCUCCAGACCCCGCCGUGUCCCACUCAUCACCAUUAGCAAUCACAUGUCCACUUUGGAUGAUCCGGCUAUGUGGGGGUUUAAGGGUUUUCCCAUCUUUGAUACUAAGUUGGCUCGGUGGGUUCUCGCUGCGGAAGAUAUAUGCUUCAGGAAUGCCCUCUAUUCCUAUAUUUUUCGGGUUGGGAAAUGCAUACCUAUUACAAGAGGUGGUGGAAUUUAUCAAGAGCACAUGAAUGAAGCUCUUGAGCGUUUAAAUGAUGGAGAAUGGGUAUCUAUGUAACAUUUACUGCAUACUUUUCCAGAAGGAAAGGUGAAUCAAGAAGAGGCACCUAUAAGGCGGUUGAAAUGGGGAACUGCUAGUCUAAUUGCUCGAGCACGUAUAACCCCAAUCGUAUUGCCAAUUAUCCAUCA